AAUGACGGAGUUAUCACAUUUUACGUCACAGACAGACGAGAGCUCCAGCUGGAGCAUCUGUGAGUCGAUCGGUCGAGCUAAGUUCGUUUAUUUUCCUCAUCAAAAUGCGCACUAGUUCGCAGUUUACAAAGAUUGGAAUACCACUGAUUGUGGUGAGUUUUCUGGUAGCAGUUGCAAUUAUUUUAGCCAUCGUUCUCUCCAAGGAAGGGAAGGGACUGACAACAAAAGGUAAACAGGAAACUUCUGGGAAGUUGUACGGAUUUGACGACAUCUUCAAUGGCAAAUACUCUUACUCUACUUAUUCUGUUCGCUGGAUGUCAGAUACCGAGUAUCUCAGAUAUUCUAACGGAAACCUUACUGUUACCGAUCUUGCCAAGAACACGACCAGGAAUUUUCCUGUUUCUCAAGACAUCAUGGAUGAUUUCAAUGUGUCUUCCUACUGGAUGUCGCCUGACGAAAAAUGGGUUCUGUUGGCUUCCAACAAGAAAAAGUUGUACCGCAGAUCAUUCUUUGCAGAUUAUUACGCGCACUACCUGGAAAAUGGAACGACCUUUCGGAUCAUGCCACCUAAUCCAAAGAAGCAGAUUCAGCUGGCUUUAUGGGGCAACAAAGGCACUUCAAUAGUAAGCUUACUGUCAUUAAGAACUAAAGGUCGUCUUUUGUGAUGUGCAAAUAACCUUCAAGUCAAUAGCAAGUUAACUUGCUUUAAGUUACCCUGCUCUAUAACACUUUAAUCUCUUCGAGUUCAUCCCAUUUAUAGCAAGGAAACUUGUUUCAACUCCCUCCCGUAGUCUUCUCGGAGAACGCAUUCAAAAUGG